UCGGAAAACUGAAUUGAUUUCCGGCAAAUAUGGUUCUGUGUUGUUGAUGGCAGCGAACAACAAAGCGUCACAUAAUUAAAGUUUUUAUUCGUUUUUUAAUUUCGCAGUGAAUAUUUUCAUCCAGUUACUGACGGACUGUUGUUUUAUCGGCCGCGCCGGUCCGCAGCUGACGUCAUGGAAACAGACGAGCAGGCCAGGAACCGUUUCCAGUCUGAGCUGGAGUUCGUCCAGUGUUUGGCGAACCCCAACUACCUGAACUUUUUGGCUCAGAGAGGUUUCCUGAGGGAGAGACCCUUCAUUAACUACCUCAAGUACCUGCUGUACUGGAAGGAGCCAGAAUACGCCAAGUUCCUCAAGUAUCCUCACUGCCUGCACAUGCUGGAGCUGCUGCAGUACGAACACUUCAGGAAGGAGCUGGUCAACGCUCAGUGCGCCAAGUUCAUCGACGAGCAGCAGCUGCUUCACUGGCAGCACUACUCCAGGAAACGCACCCGGCUGCAGCAGGCGCUGGCCGAGCAGCAGCAGCCGCAGCAGCAGCCGCCGCCGCACGGGAACGCCGCCGCCAAGUGAUGAUGUCACUGGAGGCGGGAGGCGGACUGAAUAUAAAUGAACGUGAGGGAUUGUCGAAGUAUGGCUGCUCUAAUGAUUUAGCGUCUUUAUAAUAACACAGUCGGACUCAUGAUGUACAAAAAAAGAGAGAUAUCGUCUUUUUUAUUCCACACUUUCUUCUUCCCAGUCAAAACCAGGCGCCUACGUUACCCACAAUGCAACUGGAGAUUGUGGUGUGUUAUGCUAGUAGCAGCUAAUGUAGCCUGGAGCUGCUUAGCUUCAGCAGAGAUGAGGAGCUACAGAGGUCUGCUAACCUCUCUCCUUUCUACCUCCACACCUCCGGAUUAUUUUUACUUCUCAAACUCUUCAGCCCCAAGCUGACGCUGUGACAUCAUCAGUGACAUCAUCAGCCCCCCCUCAGUUCAUCUUUAAUAGGGCGGCAGUGGCGCUUUCCUGUCGGGAUUCUGAAGUUUCCAGAACAAGAUUUUGUUUAUGAACUCAGUGAGAACAUCUGCUCUUUACAGUCUUGUCAUGUUUCAACUGUCGGGCAGUUUGAUCCAGAACCGCACGGCGAUUUAUUCUGAUACAGAAAUGUUGCAAACAUUUUAAAGUCAAAAUAAACAGACAGCAAAUUUACUUUAUCUUCUGAAGAGAUACUUUUCUGUCAGAAUAAAUCAGAUUUCUGCCUUCCAGUGAGUUCAUGUUUUCAACAAUAUCUGUGUGACACAUUUUUUUUAGCAUUUUGUGACUGAAAUGUCCAACUUAUAUGUUUAUGUUUAAAUGUUUAAAUUUGACUGAAUAGUAAUAAACAAGAAAUCUUGGUUAAUAACUAAAUAUGUGUGUGAACAAUGACAUAUGACCCUUUUGACUUCUGUUAGAGUAAAAUUAUUUAAACUUUGUAGAAAAAAACUAUUUCCAAAGUCAUAAUCACAACAACAACAAAACACACAAUAUCAACAAAAACACAGUGAACAUGUUACUCAGACAAGAUUCAUCUGAGCAGAUUCAUAUUUGUUUAUAUUUCUUGCUCUUGUCCAAUUCUGCUUUCCUUUUCUUUAUAAUAAAAUAUUUGAAAUAAGAAA